AUGAGUCAGUCACGUUCCGGGAGUAGAUCGGGUAGCGGAGUCCGAUCUCGCGGACGAGGAUCCGACGUUUCUAGUCCUUCUACCCCUACUUCUCAGCAGCCCCCAGUACCUAGACCUCGUUUGGAUCAACCUUUCAUGGGUCAAUCCACGCAGCAACCUUCACAUGAAGGUUGUUCGCGUGAUUCAUCAGUAUCACUCCGAGAAAUACUCGCAUCCGAGGAUCGUUGUGCGACGAGACCGCACCUUAGCCCAGACCGAACAAACGGUGCUUUAUGGUUCGGUCGUCAUCCCCAGAUACGGCAGACAAUCGUGAGCACCUUCCAGAGUGAUUUUCAGGGUCCUUGGCUCAGUAUCACUCGUGUCCCUCCAACGACUCUGGAGCGUUGGUUUUGUGCAUUUGCGCAAGCUUUUUAUUGGGAGGAGUGCUACCACGACAAGGUUUAUGCCGCUUGGAAGGAAGUGCUGGCCAACCGACACCGGGAUGCGAUCUAUCGGUCGGGUCAAAGUCGAAACAAACCGUUGUGGAUGAGCGAGGGGGUUUGGAACCUCCUCCUGGCUCACUGGGACUCAGAUGAUGCAGCAGAGAAGAGUCGGACCGCCUCAGCCAACCGACGGUCUCGAUCUGUGGGGGACCGCGCACCAGCAACUCAUACCGCGGGUAGAAGAUCUUUCGCCAGAGUCGCAAUGGAUAUAGAUACACACCAUCGAUCGGACGGUACAUAUGUGGAUGAGCGGGUCCAGCAGAUCGAGGAGUUGGUGCAGUCCAAGAUCGACGAUAGAGUCUCCCAGAUGGACGAGAGUACUGCUUCUACACAACUCUCGACAACCGAAGUUAACAGCCUAUAUCUUGAGGUUGUCCAUUCGGAUGCCAAGGGCCGUAUCUAUGGUGUCGGUACCUUGGCAUCCCAACUGGGCGGGGGAGAAACUUCUGCUCCGGCGAUUACUCACCAUGUCGCGCUAACGCAUGAAGCGGAAGAGUUGAAACGCUCCCAAGAGCGGACGGCUGCAGAACUGGCAGAGGCCCGGGCGAAGAUCGAGGAGUUCGAGCAACAUCGGGAGAAGCUACAUAAGCUCUCCGAGACCGAAGCGAGGAUCGUACGCUUCGAGAAGAUGAUGCAGCGCCUCACACCGUUCAUGCCGUCUAUAUUCGACCAGUACGGCUCUCCAACGAUAUCUCGGCAGCCAGAUGAUCCCGAGGACGCAUCCGCCAAUCUCGGCGAUGAUACACCGGUUGAUCCAUAG